GUCAUUGGCUUGUCCAUCGGCUUUACUGGAAUUUGGGCCCAGAGCCUGAUCAGCCACCCGGCUCACGAUGAAUCUUGCGGAAUCCUGCUCCGUGCGACCAGCUUCCUUGUCAUGGUCAAUGCCAACAAGUUCGUGAUUAUCGGCAUCGAGGCUUUCGGCAUGCACACGAAGGUGCUGACCCAUGGCCAGAUUCUCGGUGCCUGCUUGUCCAUCUUCGGGGGCAUCCUCUAUGGGAAAGCACGCUCACAGACUCCCGAGGAAGACGAGAGGAAGCAGUUGCUGCCCAACGUGAAGGUGUA